AUGAAAGAAGCAACAAAAGCAGACAUCGAGGCUCAAUUCCUGGUCAUAAGAUUAAUCGUGAAGUUGCUGAUCAGAAGAGAUGGGCUUGGAAGACUUGGUUUGUCAAGCUUGCAAAAAAUAACAGUUGCAUUUUGGAUAUUAGCGUACAGUGUACUAGUAGAUGCUACUGAUGAGUACAUUAAAAUAGGGGAAUCAAUUGCUAUUGAAAGUGUGGAACAAUUUUGUCGUGCUGUUGUUGAAGUUUUUGGAGGGCAGUACCUACGAUCUCCAAAUGUUCACGAUGUUGCUGGGCUACUUCAUAUUGGUAUUACAAUUUCUGCUCGUUAUGUCAUUCAAGGAAAAGAGUACAAUAUGGAUUACUAUUUAGCUGAUGGUAUAUAUCCAAAAUGGUCAAUACUUGUUCAAACGAUUCAUGCUCCACAAGGUCGAAAGAAUAAAUUAUUUGCAAUGAAGCAAGAAGCGUGUAGAAAGGAUGUUGAGCGAGCAUUUGGCGUGCUCCAAUCACACUUUACAAUUGUUGCAGGACCUUCACGUUUUUGA